AGCGGGUGUUUUGUUUCUCUUAUCAAAAAGUCGUUUAUAAAAAUAAUUAAAGUGGAAUUUUGCAUGUGAAAAUUCAAAAAGAGAGCGGGAAGAGAUUAUCCGCAUAAAUCGCGGAUAAACACGCGCACGCGUUCUCGACCCAUUUGUCCAGAGUAAAUCGGGUCGAUUUUAAUGGCGCUCGUUGUUUAAGUGGAUUUCAGUGUCAGUCGGAAAAUGUGAUUGGCGCCAAUCGAAAUUUCCUGUGCGAAACAUUUUUUUUUUACAUGUGCGAGAGAGGCGCGUGCGAAACGUGAAUCGAAACACACAACAUACACAACACACACACACACACACACACACACACAACAUAACUUCUUCAAUGUGGAAACAACUUCAAAUGGGCAUUAGGGCAUUUUUGCUGAUCGCAUCCAGAGUUUGGACGUGUUUGUGUUACACGCUCAAGAAACAGACGAGAGCGAUUAUCCAACAUCAGUCAGUCAAAUAUGACUUGUUCCCGUUAUCGCCCUUAUCAAGGCACAGACUUAGCAUAGUAAAGAGGAAAGUGUUGGUUUUGGACUUGGAUGAGACUUUGAUUCAUUCACAUCACGAUGGAGUUUUGAGACAAACUGUGAGACCGGGAACGCCUCCAGAUUUUGUACUCAAAGUAAACAUUGAAAGACAUCCUGUGCGAUUUUUCGUACACAAACGGCCGCACGUUGACUUCUUCUUGGACAUUGUGUCCCAGUGGUACGAACUGGUUGUGUUCACGGCAAGCAUGGAAAUCUACGGGGCGGCGGUUGCGGACCGUUUGGACGCCGGACGUGGAAUAUUGCAGCGUCGCUUCUACAGACAACAUUGCACUCCCGAUCUCGGUUCGUACACAAAAGAUCUGAGCGCCAUCUGUAACGAUCUCUCCAGCGUGUUCAUCUUGGACAACAGUCCCGGUGCAUACCGGGCGUAUCCCGACAACGCGAUCCCGAUCAAGUCGUGGUUCAGCGACCCGACCGACGUGGCACUGCUGAACCUGCUGCCCGUCCUGGACGCGCUGCGCUUCACGGCGGACGUGCGCAGCGUCCUGUCGCGGAACCUCCACCUGCACAGGCUCUGUGGCGCGCGCGCCGUCGCGACGCCCUCGCCGGUCAAGAUGCAACGCAACGAGACGGCGCCCGAUUUGGGCGCGCUCGACGGUAUCGUCACGCAGGUCGAGGAAUUCGAGCAGCGCCACCACCAACAGAGGGAGGGCAAAAAAUUCAAGUCGCGCAUACCGCAACGCAUGUGCAACUAAUCUCACAACUAACAAUAACAGACUCAACAAUAAUUUCAUGUGUACAUACAAUAACGAAGUGUGACUUUUCCUUUCUCCGAUUUUGUUUUGGCUUUUAGUUGCGAAUUACAUUACACGUCCGAUUAUUUGCCUAUUUGCCUUUUUAGUUUUUAGGUAUACUGAAAAUUGACAAACGAUAACAAUAAUAAUGCUUUUAUGAAUUGAACGCAGGUUUCCGGUGAAAAUCCUCCGGAGGUUCGUUUGCCACCGCCGCACAUCAUCUUUAAUCACAUCCGACCUCAGACCUAAAACAGAAUUUUAUGUUCGCAAAGUUAAGAGAAAAACAAAUUGAAAAAAUAAACAGCUUUUCCAUCAGUCGUUGCAUUCUUUUUAGGUUUUCCGAUAACCUAAUAAUUAAAGUAAAGUGUUUUUUCUUAACUGCUCGCCACUUUUAUUCGGUUUUAAGUUUACAUGUUUUGUUUUUAUUAUUUAUUAUUUUGUUGCUUCGUUUCGGGGAACGUUUCAGUUUUGUUCGGCAAUAAACAGCAGCAGAUCUUACAAAACUGGACGAGCUUCCGACUUCCGCACCAAAGACUUCUUAACUUUAUUUUAUUUGAGAAGUAUAAAUAUUUUUUUAUUUUUCAUUGUUAUUUUUUGUUGGCUCAGAUAAGAAAUAUUUAUGCUGUCGUUCACACUUAUUGUUGAAGCACACACGAACAUUUAAACUGGAGUAAAUAAAUUAUAUAGAUAUAGAUAGAAUUUUAUAUUAAGUGAGUGAGAGUGAGAGGAAAUAUUUUCUGCAUCAGAAAAAUCAUUGUGUUUAGAUUUCUGUGUAGUUUUAUCGUGUACAUAUUAAAAUAGGCGAAGUAAUAAUGAUAGAUAGAUCUAUUCUUAGUAAAAAAAGAAAACCAAUUGCAAAACGAUAACAUUCAUUAGAUUACCAUUAGUGCCAGUAAAUCAAAUAACAGAUAACUGAAAAAGUAGAAGAAGGAGCUUUUGCAAUUGGUCAAUUUUUCAAUUCCUAGUACUUAAAUCAUGCUUAAAAUGAAUGAAGUAAGCAUUUUCUGAGUACGAAUUUGCCAUUUGGUUUCGUAUCAACUUGCCGUUAAUAAAUCAAUCAAUUUCAUCAUAUUUAUUAUUUUGUUGUAAAUAUUUUGUACAAAUGUAAACAACUAGGAUGUGUUUGUUUGAAAGAAAAUCAUACGGUGCUAAUCGGUUUUUUGUUUCUAGUUGAUUUGUGAAUGAUAUAUUGUGAUAACGGGACAGUUUUUUUUGUGACUCUCGCAAUUUUUUUGUGACUUUUUUUUUAUUAAUAUUAUUUUUUGAAUCGUUUAAAUUGCGCUGUAAAGAACCUAUUAAGCAAAACAGGUUUCUAAUAGAUGUACAUGUACGUUUGUAUAUAUGAUCCUGAAGAUUUGUGUUGUGGUUUCAAAAUACCAACUGUUGGUAGAAUGAUGAACAAAAUGUACCUAAUUAUGACAUUUUACAAUGAAUGAAGAAGUAAUUUAUUUGAUUAGAAUAAAUUUUAAUUAGA